UCUUAUAAACCAUCCAGAUUUUUUGAAUCACCGCCAUUACUCUCUCUCUCUCUCUCUUUCUUUCUCUCUCUUCAUAUCUAUUUGUACUCGGAAGAUUGAGAGCCCAAGAACUUCCCCUUCUCUGCAACUUUCAUUUUCCCAUCUCACGGAAACAAGAACAAUCCGAAAGUUGAAACCUUUUUCCACCUUAUGUCUUCUUCUUCCCUGUAAGAAUUUCGCGAACAAGAAGUAGCAGAAAGGCAAAAGAAACUCAAUUCGUUGUGUUUGACAGCAAUGGCGUCCAAGAAGCACUUAAAGGAUCUUUUGCAAGAAGACCAAGAACCGUUUCAGCUCCAAAGCUACAUCUCCGACCAUAGAUGUCAGAUCAAGCGGCCACCGUCUCCGGGAACCGACUUGCAGGUCAGGAAACGCAGACCCAUAUCGCAAAACGCUGGCCUUCCCUCGCGUUUCUGCCGCAACGCCUGUCUCUUCUCCUUCCGCGAAUCUCCCGACCCGAGAAAGUCUCCUCUCUUCGAGUUUCGAUCCCCGAAUCGGAGCCCAAACGCGAUUUUCCUCAACAUCCCGGCUAAAACCGCCGCGAUUCUUCUGGAAGCCGCGGUUAGGAUUCAGAAACAGUCGUCCUCGAAGACGAGAACGAGGAACGCGGGAAACGCGUUUGGGUUAUUUGGGUCAGUGUUGAAGAAGCUCACUAAUCGCAAGAAACGCGAGAUCGGCGGCGGCGACUGCGACAGCGGUAGGGUUUCGGUGAAGGAUAUCUUGAGAUGGGAAUCUCCCGUCGUUCGUAAAAUAAUCACCGGAAACGCGAAACGCAAGGGAGCUCCAACAAACGCGGUCGCGAUGAACGAGGGGGAGAAAAGGGCGUCUGAAACGCGGUUUUCGAGGAGGUCAGGCAGCAGCGGCGUUUGGUCAGAAAGCAACGAAGGCGGGUCUUGGGACUGCGAUUUCGAAACGUCAAACAGAAGCCAAUCGGACGGUUCAGAUGAGUUGACACGUGACAUAAUGGACGGUGGAGAUUUCUUUGAGGAUUACGGAAAACGCUUCAGCGAAAGCCCGUUCCGUUUUGUGCUGCAAACAAACCCAGAAUCUCCGUGCGGUUUCGAAACGCCGAAUUUCGCGUCUCCGGCUGCGUCUCCCAGACACGGCGGCGAAAAGAGGCAUGAAACGGAGAAGAUGGAGAUGGAAGAAGAGGAAGAGAAGGAACAGAGCAGUCCUGUUUCAGUUUUGGACCCCCCGUUUCAGGACGAUGACGAAGACAUUCACAUGCACAGCAACAGCAUCCCCUCCAGUUUCAGAUCUGUCCAAAGAGCAAAGCAUCAGCUUCUUCAAAAGCUUCGUAGAUUCGAGCGGUUGGCUGGUCUUGACCCAGUCGUGCUCGAUAAACAGAUGUCGUCUGAUCAAGAAACCGAAGAAGACGACGGCGAAGAAGAAAACGCAACGCAUUCUCAUCGAUGCUGCCGCGAAAUCACGCGGAGAGUUCUCGAGACUUUCUUCCAAGAACUCAAACGAGUUCCCGGAGAUAUCCUGUCGUUGGUCUCGGACAUCGUGGCGGAGGAAGUUCAAGAAAACGGAUUCUUGAUCGAAACAGAGGCCGUGGCCGAAAGGGUCUGCGAGAGAUUGGAGUCGUGGAGAGACGUGGAGUCCAACACGAUCGACAUGAUGGUCGAGCAGGAUUUCCGGACACAGAUUGCUGCUGGGUUUUGGACGAGGAACGAUCGAGAAGUUCGAGAAACUGCCAUGGAGAUCGAGUUUUCGAUCUUUCGAUGUCUGGUUGAAGAAUUCUCGGAAGAAAUGGUCAAGGGUUGGUGAAAAUUUUCCAACGGUAUAUUUGAAACUACUAACCUGCGAAAUUGGAGGAUUAACGGUGUAUGUAAAAUUUUUGUUCGAUGAGUUUAUAACCACAAAUAUGUGAGAAUGUCACCCGAGGAUCGAUCAAGAUCUCAAAUGGGUUUGCCCGAAUCCGACCCACAUGGAUCCGUGGUCCGAGAUUAGAAGUUUUAGUCAAAUGUUUUUCUUCAUAUGAAUUAAAUAAGGUUUCUAUAUAAUGUUUCA